GCUACAUCACAUUUCUUUUUGUACAUAAACAUAUAUGUAAAAAUAUCUCUGCCGAUGACAUCAUUGUACAAUUUUUAAAGAUGGUAUGUGUUAGUUUCAUAGGGGUAAUUAUUUAUACAAUAAAUGCAACCAAUAAAAUUGUCGUGGGCGGAAUGGCGCAGCGCUAGCGUACCAGAUUUACAAUCUUAAGACUCGCGUUCGAGUCUGUCUCACGUCGUGUUUUUUUUUUUUUUGUUUUUUUUUCUUAACCAUUUUAUUUAUUAUUCAACCUCCAUACAUUCCAUUCUUUUUUUUCUUCAUUCAGGAUUUAGAAGAUUUACUUGAAGUGUUUGGAUUGGGAAGUAAAUCUAGUACAUCAAAUAGCCAAUGUACACAGGAACUUGCAGAAGCUGGAACUACAAAUGAUGAUGCAGAUGAUGAAAUGUCCGUGGAAAACCUGGUGGAAAACUUCAUGGCAGCUAGUGUUCAAACCGAUACAGCUGGCGAUGAACACAACGAUGAUACACAUCUAAACCAAACAGAUGAGUUUGACGAAGAUGAUCCCCAAAGAGAUCUCGCAACUAUCAAACAUAAACUUCAGGAGGGGUGUGGCUGUAAACUUUGUUGUUUCAAAGGUGUUACAGUAGGAGUUGUUCUAGACAAUAUUCUUAGAAUGAGAGAGAUGUCAAAAGAUAAUAAAGAGUUAUUUGUCAUGGGAAACUUGCGUGAAAAACUUGGUACUGACCGGUGCAAGGAGGGAGAACGACAGCGAGUGCGCUUUGAAUACAAUUUCCAAGGAAAAACGGUUUGCCAGAAAGCAUUUUGUCUGAUAUAUGACAUGGGGAAAAGCACUGUGAAGCGUAUUCAGAAACACAUUUCCACAAAGGGUGUAGGACCGCGGGUUCAUGGUCUAGUAGGAAGAAGACCGUCAAAUGCAUUUUCCUCUGACGUCAUCAAAGAUGCAGUGCAGUACUUAAUAAACUAUGCAAUCGAAGAGGGACUUCCACAGUCAUCACCACCAAGAGGCCGAGAUGAAUCACCGCCCAUUUAUCUACCUGCAUCAAAAACUAAGAUCAUGAUUCAUCAAGAAUAUAUGGAAGCUUGUGUACAAAGUGGUAAGGUUCACGUUGGAAAGUCAACAUUUAAAAAUGUAUGGAAUCAGUGUGUCCCUCAUAUAAAAAUCAUGAAUCCGCGAGACGAUGUAUGCAAGACAUAUAAGGACUUUCGCGAUACCAUAUCUAUGGCUAGAAGUGAAGAUAACAAACUAGACGCCACUGCUAGUUAA